AUGGGUUUUUUGCCCAGUGACGGGCUGAGUGAUAAGCUCGACACUUGGCUGGAAACAAACGCUGCGGGAGUUUCGGGCCAAGUGGUGCUGCAGAACUAUGCGAGUCCUUCCGUGGCGAAACCCGGGGAAAAUGUGACCUUCUACUGUGUCGUGGACCAGGACAUCCUCAAGUCGUACUGCAUGUGGCAGAAACCCGGCGGGGGUCUGGUGAUCCCGGGUGCGUACACGGGUGACGAGUACGACCUGAUUGAGUACACGCCGGACUCUGUGGACGCCAAGCGAAGAUGCGACUUCACUCUCAAAUCGGUGAAGCCCGAGCAUCAUGGCAAAUGGCAGUGCCAGCCGAAUUUUGAGCGAGGCCCGAUUCAGGAAGUGGGGCUCAGACCCUUUAAUUUCGUCGUCGCAGCUGUUCCCGAGCCCCGACGUCCCGUGAUUCUGCACAAUGGAGUCGACAGUCCUGAUGCUAGUGUGGAUGCUGAGGAAGCCGACAUCCUCAAGUCUUACUGCAUGUGGCAGAAACCCGGCGGGGGUCUGGUGAUCCCGGGUGCGUACACGGGUGACGAGUACGACCUGAUUGAGUACACGCCGGACUCUGUGGACGCCAAGCGAAGAUGCGACUUCACUCUCAAAUCGGUGAAGCCCGAGCAUCAUGGCAAAUGGCAGUGCCAGCCGAAUUUUGAGCGAGGCCCGAUUCAGGAAGUGGGGCUCAGACCCUUUAAUUUCGUCGUCGCAGCUGUUCCCGAGCCCCGACGUCCCGUGAUUCUGCACAAUGGAGUCGACAGUCCUGAUGCUAGUGUGGAUGCUGAGGAAGCCGUGACUUUGUCCUGUAAUUUGUUCAAGACCAGGCCCAAGCCUCAGUUCCAUUGGUAUUGGGUGUCGCCGAAUGGAGGUUCAAUGACGCCAAUGACUGACAUCAGCCCUGUGGAAGGAGAAGUUGCAGAGCCCGGAACUGACGAUUUGAGUAGCUACAAUUCGACCAUUACGCUGAAGAUGAGGGCUGACGAAAACGGGAUGAAAAUCCGCUGUGUUGCAAAUCACACCAUGUUGGACGAGGCUCACAAUGCCACAGAUUUGGCUCUGAACAUCCAAGGCCAGGCAACACUGAAACAGUGUGUGCCCAUCGGAUCAGGCAUGAUGCAAAGCGUCGUGGACGGCUAUUAUUGCGACCAGCGUGCCUAUUACCUCGCUGGCAAGGACGCCACUAUCGAGGUUGUUUUUGCUGCGAACCCGGAACCCAGGCGUCUGGAAUGGGUCACGUCCAAGAAUGCCAAGAACCCACUGGCGAGUGGAGAAGAGCGCGAUGGAUUCAAGGCCAUGCACUGGCAACAAUACCAUUUGAAGUCUGAAGACCCCGCUCUGCUUGACCAGUUUGACCGCAAGGAUUUGUACUCUGCUAAGCUCCAGGUGACGGAUUUGGGCGAAGCUGAUGCUGGAAGAUACGAGCUGCGAAUUUUCAACGGGGUGGUGGACCAACGCAGUGGUGAAGAAUCGGCAAGGUUCCGUUUCGACGUGCAGAUUGGCGAGAAACCUCCAGCGGGCACUGCUUCAGUCGUCAUCAUUGUUGUCGCCUUGGUUCUGGUCGUCGUUUUCGUGGCUCUCGGUGUGACCUUUUAUGCCUGGCGCAAUUCCAGGCUCUGCUUCAAAGGGGAGAAAGGUUCGAGCGGGAAGAGUAAGCGAGAGGUAACGGCGGCGGCGACGCCGCCAUCAGCGUCGCAAGGCGGCGGUCACCAAGGAAACGACGGUGACGCUCACCGAUUGGACAUUGAGGAUGAGGAUGUGGUUGGUGCUGAUGGUGUUGGUGGUAAGCAGGCUGUUGGUGGUCUGCAGCAACCAGAAUUCGUCUCCGAUGGUCACGGAAAUGGUGGAGGAAGAGAAGGUGGCGUUAUGGACAAGAUAGGCCAGAAGACGAAAAAGGGCGCCAAAAAGUUGGACGUGGAGGCGGCUGAGCCGAAGGCGGCGGAAAACCCCGCGGCGGUCGCUGACGAAGACGAAAAGGAGAAGACCGCCCCCGUCGACGCCAAGACCGACGUGAAGCCUGUCGACGGCGGCAAAAAGGAAGAACAUCAGAACGGAAACGGCGCCGCCGCCAAGAAUGGAAACGCCGCCGUUCCCGGGAAAAACACCGCCGUUUAA